AUAAUGUUUGUGGAUAAGAAUUUAGCUUCUACGAAAUAAAAGCAAUAGAAAAUAGAUUUAAGUGAAUUAGGUAAGCAUAAAAGGAUAUAAUUUAAGAAUAAGUCUAAAAAAAAAAAGUAAGAUAGAAUGAAAAUAUAAAUCCAUACACAGGAAAUUAAUAUUCAGAUGAUUAUUAUAAAAUUUUAUAAGUUAGAAAGUAAUUACCUGCUUGGGAUGGUAUAAUAUGUAUUGAUUAUUAAUAGCAAAGGAAUAAUUGUUUAUGUUGAUGGAGUAAUAUUAAGUAAUAGUUUUACAAGGAGAAACAGGAAGUGGAAAAACAACUUAAAUACCACAAUUUUUAUUAGAGAAAUAUUGUAAAGGGAGAGGGAUAGCAUGUACAUAACCAAGAAGAGUUGCAGCAAUGAGUGUAGCAAAGAGAGUAGCAGAAGAGAUGGAUGUUGCUUUAGGUGAAGAAGUUGGUUAUUCAAUAAGAUUUGAAGAGAAAACAUCAAAUAAAACUAUUUUAAAAUAUAUGACAGAUGGUAUGCUUUUAAGAGAGUAUAAUAAAAUAUAUAUAAUCUAUUAGAGCUAUGCAUGAUCCUAAAUUAGAGAGGUAUUCAGUAGUCAUUUUAGAUGAAGCUCAUGAAAGAACACUUAACACAGAUAUAUUAUUUGGACUAUUAAAAGAAAUCAUGUUAAAGAGGCCGGAUGAUUUAAAAGUAGUAAUUAUGUCAGCAACUAUGGAUGCUGAAAAAUUUCAAAAAUACUUUCACAAUGCACCUCUAUUAGAUAUCCCAGGAAGAGUGUAUCCAGUAGAAAUAUACUACACUUAGAAACCAGAGAAAAGUUAUCUUGAUGCUGCAAUAAGUACUACUAUUAAUAUCCAUGCAUAUGAAGAACCUGGAGAUAUCUUAGUAUUUCUUACUGGAGAAGAAGUAAAUUUUUCAAAUUUAUUUUAGGAAAUAGAAGAAGCAUGUAAAAAAAUCACUUCAGAAAUCUAGAAAUUAGGAGAUGAUGUAGGUCCAGUGAGAUGUGUACCACUCUAUAGUACAUUACCACCAAAUUAGUAAUAAAAGAUAUUUGAAUCUGCUCCUCCUGCAAACAAAAAAGGAGUUUAAGGUAGAAAAAUAGUCGUAGCUACAAAUAUUGCUGAAACUUCUAUCACAAUUGAUGGUAUCUGUUAUGUAGUAGAUCCUGGGUUUUCUAAAUAAAAAGUUUACAAUCCAAGAUUGAGAGUAGAAUCCUUACUAGCUUCUCCAAUUUCUAAAGCAUCUGCCUAAUAAAGAGCAGGGAGAGCAGGUAGAACAAGACCAGGAAAAUGUUAUAGAUUAUACACUGAAUAAUCAUUUAAUACAGAAUUAAUUGAUAAUACUUAUCCAGAAAUAUUAAGAAGUAAUCUUUCUUCUGUAGUUUUACAAUUAAAAAGAUUAGGAAUAGAUGAUCUUGUUCAUUUUGAUUUUAUGGAUCCUCCUGCUCCAGAAACAUUAAUGAGAGCUCUAGAAUAAUUAUAUUAUUUAGGUGCUUUAGAUGAAGAAGGAAAUUUAACAAAAUUUGGAUAAUAGAUGUCAGAAUUUCCACUUGAUCCGUAAUUAUCUAAAGUACUUCUUAGUAGUAAAGAUUUCUAUGUUACUGAUGAAAUUCUUACUAUUGUUGCUUUAUUAUCUGUUUAAUAAGUAUUCUAAAGACCUAAAGAUCAAUAAUAAUAAGCUGAUGAUGCUAGAUAUUAAUUUGUUCAUUAAGAUGGCGAUCAUAUUACCUUUCUUAAUGUUUUUAAAGCUUUUAAAGAACAUAAUGAAAGUUCUGAUUGGUGUUAUUAAAACUUCAUCAAUUAUAGAAGUUUAAAAUCAGCUGAUAAAAUUAAAGUUUAAUUAAGAUAAAUUAUGUAAAAACAAUAAAUUCCUUUAACUAAAACUGAUCCAUCAAAUGCUUUAUAUUAUACAUACAUCAAAAAAGCAUUAAUUGCUGGUAUGUUUAUGUAAACUGCUCAUCUUACUAAGAAUGGAGCUUAUAUGACUGUAAAAGAUAGUCAAAUAGUUGCAAUCCAUCCUUGUUCUGUCCUAAAUCAUAAACCAGAAUGGAUAUUAUAUUAAGAAUUUGUUUUAACAUCCAAAAAUUAUUUAAGAACUGUUACUGAUAUUGAAGGAAAAUGGCUUUAUGAAAUGUGCCCAGAAUAUUUCAAUCCUAAAACUAUUAAAAAUAUUGAAACUAGAAAAGAAUUUGAAAAAAUAGAAAGAUAAGUAAUUCUUUUCUUUUAUUUUAGGUUUUAGAAGAAUAAAGAAGAAAACCUGAUCUAUUGACAGUUGAAUAAAUACAAAGAUUACAUAAGGAUGUUAAAUCAGAGAGAACAUAAUCUGUUUCCUCAUCUAAAACUAUUCCAAAGUGAAUUAAAU